AUGGAACAUAACACAUCUCAAUCGGCCUUUGAUUUAGCCAUCGCCACGACUUUUCCCCAUUCCGACCACCAACAACACCAGAUUAAACUGCUCCUUAAAAAGUACCUACUCAAACAGAUCAACAAGUCCGAAUUGGAGCAGCACCUCCACCAAGCCGGCAUUACUCCUACUCAGCACAAUACACUCAUUCUCCGUCUACUCGCUACCGCCUGGUCCGCCUCGAAAGAAAAGACCCUCCAUCCCCAACAAUGCAUCCCCAGCCGUGAAGUUCUCAAUAUCAAAGAAGCCCUCCCUGAAUCUUUCCUUUUAGAGAUAAAAGAGACCCUAGAUACGUCCCACUAUCUCAGUAAGUCUUUCCAACAAUAUUCAUUUUUCCGCCGCACACCCGAGAAUCUUUCCAUGGCUAUCAAUGGCCGACCCCAACUCAUUGCCCUCUUCUCAACCAACUACAACAUCCUCUGCAGCAAGAUCCAAAAGAUUCUCAGUAUCAAGGACCUACAGAACCGCCUGAAGAAAGGAUCUUUUGAGUAUAUUUUGAAUGAACAGAUUGGCGUCACCCCAGCCCGUUGUGCCUAUGAAUGUCUUAAACACUAUCUAAAAGAAGUCAUCGGAAAAGCCCUAAACAAAGAGACUAACAAGAUCGACAAAACCAUUUUAUUAUCUAUGAUGUUUGGCAAUAUCAAAGGAAUAUACUUACUUUAUGAAGAUUAUCCGACUACCACCACAAAAUUUUAUGCGAACGUGCAGUAA